AUGGCGGAUGUUAUUAAAAGUGAUAUUGAAAAAAUUGAACGAGCGUUAAAUAUUCGUGUUGAUGAUGUAGAAAUUGAAGUUGCAUUAAAUGCUGCAUAUCCACAAACAAUUUCCACGCCUUUCAAUAAUCAAAAAAUCAAAAAUGAACAAAUUGAUGAUAUAUCAGAUUGUUAUCAUUUAAUAGAAAGUUUUCAUACCAAUCCUUCUCCUCGUAUCGAUCAUUCAUCUUUACUUACAUUUGGUACAGCACUUAAUUUAUGUUAUCAACGUAAUCUAUUUCAAUUAUCUAAACAUUGUCAAACAAUUGGUACUGCGCAUAAAUCUAGUCAAUCAACGAAUGAAAUUCUUCCAAUACAAAUGUUCGAGUUUUCUACAGUUCAUUUGCCGACAAAUAAUGAGUCUAUACAAAAUAUUCGUCGAAUAAUGCAACGAGAAGAAAAAGCACGUUUAAGUUCAAAUGAAACAAUUGAAAAACUAAUUCAAAGUGUUGCACAAAAUAUUCGUCAAAAUCAAGAACAUGAAUUAACUCGAAGAAUUGAAAUUUUACAAACAUCAACACGUAAUGCAGAUAUUGUUCAACAAGAACUUGAAAUAGUUAAAAAGAAACUUAAUGAUCUACAAAUUCUAUCCGAUCGAGAAUUAAUUCAACGAGAUAAUGAAAAUAAUCAUAUAGAUUGGACAACUAUUUCGGAAAUAUUAAUGAAUAAUCAAUAUACAGAAAAAUGUUGUCGACAUGCAUGGCAACAACUUUGUUUACCUGUAAUUAAUGAUAAUCAGAAUUGGUCUGUAGAGGAAGAUGAAUUACUCAAUAAUUUAGUUCAGAUUCAUGGUGCAUAUGCUGAUCAAUGGGCAUUAAUUGCUUCACAUUUUUCUCAACGUUCACCAAUGAUGUGUGCAAGUCGUUAUAUGUUUAUAGAAAACACUCGUUUAGAUAAAAUAAAAUUUUCAAAUGAUCAAAUAAAUCAAUUGAAACAAGUUAUUGAAGAAGAUCGUCAUGAUAAUUAUAUUCCAUUAAAUAAAAUUGCGUAUAAACUUGGCUAUAGUCUUUCAACAAUACUUCGUGAAUGGCGUAAAAUUGAUCCAAAUGUUCGACGAGGCCAAUGGCAAGUAGACGAAGACGAAGUUCUUUUACAAAGUGUAUUAAAGCAAUCAAAUCGGGGUACGAUUAAUUGGAAUUUAGUUGCUUGUGAUGUAGAUGGUCGUUCACAAACGAAAUGUUAUAAUCGUUAUAUUCAUUUAACAAGAGAAAGAAGAAAAACAGAAUUUGAACCUAGUGAUGAUCAACUAUUAAUUGAACAACAUCAACUGCAAAAUGCUCGUUGGUCUCAAAUUCAACCAUUUUUUCCUGGUCGAUCAUGUUAUACAUUACAAAAUCGAUUGCGAAAAUUAGUACAAUAUCGUCAGAUAAAUGAAUUAUUCAAUAAUCAACAAACAAAUGUUCAAUUAUUUAUUUUAAAACAAUUUCCAACUAAAGAAAUAAUAAUCGCGUUAUCGAAUAAUCUUUAUCAACCACCAAAUUUUCAAUUAACAUAUGAUCAAUUACAUUGUUUAACAUCCAAUAUUUUAUUUAUACAACUAUGUAGUGAAAUUGAUAUAAAUGAAAUUCUAAAUCCUAUUGGUAUUCGACAAUUUCUCAAUAAAUUAUCAGCAUGUACGAAUAUUGAAGAAUUAAAAGAAUAUCUUUUUUCAGUGAAAAAAACAAAUCGAAAAAAAAAACUAAAAUAA